CUCUCUGCUAGUAUCCGUAAGUAUUUGCGCUGUUGCUUUUGCUGCUUACAUCGUCUUCUUCAGAUCAAAAGUAGUUUUAGAUUCAGAUAGAUUAAGAAACAAUGGGGGAUGGGGGUUGUAGACCUUUGGGUUUCUUGAUUGGACUUCCGUUUGGUCUCAUUGCGUUGGUUCUAUCUCUUGUUGGUGCUGUUAUUUGGGUCCUUGGGAGCGUAUUGAGUUGUAUAUGCCCAUGCUGCAUAUGUUGUGCUGGAAUUGCUAACUUUGCUGUAUCACUCGUCAAACUUCCGUUCAGUAUCAUCAGAUGGUUCAUUGAUCAGAUCCCUUGUUAACAUACACCCAGCCCAAUUAUCUUCGUUCCGGGUAUGAUCGAUGCUGAUUUUGCUCAUUUCAAUUUAUUUUCCCUUGAUGUCCCUUUUAUUGUCAUUGUAUUAUCGACUGAAGGAAUCAGAUUAUUGAUUGAAUAGAAUAGUCCAGUUGUAAACAUAACUUGGAA